AUGAAACGUGGAUCGGGUGGCAAACCUGCUGCUGGGAAGACACGUGGAGGCAGCAGCGGAAAAUCCAAUCCCAAGGAUUCGUCACGGAAAACUACUGGUUCCGCGCAGCCCGCUAGCCGGCUAGCCGGCAGCAACCGUGGCCGGGGACGCGGGGGAACGGCAGCGGGUCGAGGAGGCAAAGCCGGCGCGAAAUCCCCCAAGCCAGCGAAACCACCGGCUCCGGCGGCGGCGGCGGGGGAGGAGGAGGACGUUGAACUGUCCGACGAGGACGUGGCAUUCUUCGCGCAGCACCAGAACUUCGCGCGCUUCCUCUCGGGCCUCGAGGAGCAGCAAUUGGGCAGUGAAACCAAGGGAGCCAAGCCGAAACUGCCUAGACAAGAUCGUGCUGAGAACGGAAGCGAUGCUGACGGUAGUGAGGAUGAUGGAGAGAAGGAGGCUAUUGGUGAUGAUAAGGACUCAGAGGUUUCGGAUGCGAGCGAUGACGAGGACGGGGAUGACGUGGAUGAGGAUGACGUGGAUGAGGAUGACGUGGAAGAGGACGUGACUGACGAGGAUGAGGAGCUAGCGGACGAAGAGGAAGAGGAUGAAGAUGGAGCAGCGGAUGCGCGGAUGACGGGAGACGAAGAUGAGGAGGACGUUAAGGAAAUAGAAAUGGCGGAGGACGAGGAGGAAGAGAAGGAGGAGGAUGACGAGGAGGACGAAUUGGAGCCUGUGAUUUCUGAUGACGAGUUUGACGAUGAGGAUGAGGAGGAGGAGGACGACGAUGAAGAGGAGGAGGAGGGUAACUUUAGCGACGACGACGACGAUAUCGACGAAGUGAUGGUUUUCGCCGACUCGUCAGCGGCUGGUCUUGGCUCUCUGCCCCAGAAAGGCGCGAAAGGCAAGGCGCGGGAAGCGCGCCGAGCGGACAAGGGGAAGGGUGGAGCGAAGGGGGGUGGGGAAGAAGGGGAAGACGGGGAGGAGGGCGCGGAAGGGGAGGGGGAAGAGGAGUCGGAGGAUGAAGAGGCGGAGUACGAGAGGGGAUCUCGCCGCCCAGGGUGGGCUGCGCCUGGGGGGCCCGCGGGGAAGUUUGCGCCAAAAUCCCGCGCUGCUUCCGCCAGCGCUUCCGCGGGCAUGGAAGGAGACGCGGAGGAGGUUGCGGUGGAACUGGCACCAGGGGCGGAGGGGGAGAAGAAGGGUUCAAUGCGGGGUUUCGGGCUUAUUGCGACGAGGGACAAGGGUGUGCUUGUGGAUGCCGUUGACGCUCUGCCGAAGCUGUGUUUGGACUUAGACGCCAUUGUGGCCAGCCUCGCGGUUCUCUCUCUGACGGCGGUCUUCAGGGACAUCAUCCCCGGUUACCGCGUGCGCAUGCGCUCGGAGAAGGAGCGGGCGAUGGUGAUGAGCAAGGAGGUCAAGAAGCGCUGGCUCUUCGAGGAGGGCCUGCUGCAGUCGUACCAGUCCUUCGUCAACCUCCUCCUGAAGCACGCCAAGCAGUCAGCGCGCCGAGCCGUGUCAGUGCGCGCCAUGUGCGGACUGCUGCGCGCCGCCCCGCACUUCAACUGCCGCUCGGAGCUUGUCCGCGCAAUCAUUCCGCGCAUGGACCUUGCAGACGACAGCAUUAGCUCCCUCUGCUGCAACACCAUAGCGGAGUUGAUGCGGGAGGACGGGCGGCACGAUGGAGAGGCCACAGUGGAGGCGGCGGAGCUCGUUGCGGACUUCAUCCGCCAGCGCUGCUGCGUCACGCGCCCUCAGGAGCUGCUGUCCAUCUACCACCCCGCAUGUUUCCAUCCCCUCCAGCAAAACCCUGAAACCUGCAAGUUCCAUCCUGGGUGUUUCACUUCAUUCCCGUCGUCCUCUUUCAUCUCGGGCACUAAGAGCUGGCGAUCGUCUUCCAUGUGUGGAAUCCCAACCUUUCCUCUCACUUCCCCCUCUCCCCCCCCCCCUCCUCCACCUUCCCGCCCAUGCCCCUCCUUCCCCCCUGUUCCCGCUCCUUCCCCCCUGUUCCCCUUCCUUCCACCCCCCCCAUUUCGGCCCCCAUUCCCCGAUUCUCUCCCCCUGCAGGUGCUGAUGGUAUUCCAUCCCCUUGAGUUUGACGACGAUCUGCUCCAAUCCGCGGAGGGCCGCCUUUUGAGGCGCCUCAAAAGUCUUCCCCCUCCAUUCUUCCCUUCCCCCCAUCCUCCGCCACCGCAGGUGCUGAUGGUAUUCCACCCCCUUGAGUUUGACGACUAUCUGCUCCAAUCCGCGGAGGGCCGCGCAGCCGGGGGACCCCGCGGAGGCGCAGCGCGGAAAGCCACUUGGGGCGCGGGGGGAGCGGCGGAGGGGGAGGAGCAACAGGAGGGGAAACCCAAGUCCAAGAAAGAGCGGAAGCUGGAGAAGCGGAAGGAAGCCGCGCGGAUGCGGAAGGAGGUAGAAGGGGAUUUCAGAGAGGCAGAGGCAGUGCGGGAUGAGUCCACGCGAAAGCAGCAGCAGGCGCGGGUGCUAGCAGCUGUGUUCGAAGCGCUGUUCAGAGUAGUUAAAGCCGCGGCUAUGCUGCACCAGCCGCGCCCCACAGACGGGUCUGGCGCGCUUUCCCUUCCCCCGCGCCCGCUGCUCCCCUCCGCGCUUUUCCUGAUUGGUCACUUUUCGCAUCUGCUUUCGGUGGAGUAUCUUCCAGAUCUGCUGUCCACGUUGCGCCAGCUGGCUGCUGACGUGGCGACGCCGCUGGACGGGGACGAUGAUGACCUGGCAGGAGGAUGGGGGGAGGGCGGGGAGGGGGGUGAAGCAAGGGCAGGGGAAGUGGUGACGUGGGAGGGGGGGAGGAGGCGGAGAUUAGGGCUUAGACUGGAAGAUAGGCUGACGUGUUGUGUGGUGGCGCAGAGGGUGAUGAAGGCGAAUCUAGAUUCACUGAAUGUGGACAUGCGCGGGUUCGUGACGCUCGUGUAUCAGAUGAUUCUCGAGGCGCCUAUCGUUCCUGCGCAAAUCGCCGCCCUCUCGUCAGACACACCCUCGGGCAAGUCAUCCUCGUUAAAAGCACCGUUGGAGGAAGCGGACUCGUUAGAAGAGGAGGUGAUCACGCCAGGAGGUAGUGUGAUAUCCUCGUUAGAAGCAGCCCUCGUAUCCGCGUUACAGGAGGUGUUCAUGUCGUCGGGACACCGGCAGGCGGACAUGACUCGCUGUGCUGCGUUCAUCAAACGGCUCUCCGCGGCUGCUCUUCAUCUCUCUGCUGCCGGUGCCGUUGCUGGUGAGUCUUCAGGGUUCAAGGCGGACAUGACUCGCUGUGCUGCGUUCAUCAAACGGCUCUCCGCGGCUGCUCUUCAUCUCUCUGCUGCCGGUGCCGUUGCUGGUGAGUCUUCAGGGUUCAAGGCGGACAUGACUCGCUGUGCUGCGUUCAUCAAACGGCUCUCCGCGGCUGCUCUUCAUCUCUCUGCUGCCGGUGCCGUUGCUGGUGAGUCUUCAGGGUUCAAGGGUUCAAGGUGUGCUGGGUGUUGGGUACUGAGUGGUUAUUCAAGAGGUGGUCACCGCCAGGCGGACAUGACUCGAUGUGCUGCGUUCAUCAAACGGCUCUCCGCUGCUGCUCUUCACCUCUCUGCUGCCGGCGCUGUUGCUGUGCUGCUGGUGGUACGUCACCUGCUGCUGCGCUAUCCCCGCUGUAGAGUGCUGUUAGACAAGGACCCUGACGACGAUCUGCAUGCUUCAGGGGGCGGCCUCGGCCCCUACGGUGGCCUAGCGCGCUACGACCCAGCAGCAUCAGAGCCCGAGCUCUCAGCCGCCCUCACAUCCUUUCUCUGGGAGCUCUCCCUUCUCGCCCGCCACUACCACCCGCACGUUGCCAGCCUGGCGCGCCACGUCAGCACCAUUGCCACGUCACCCACUGCCGCGGCCGCCCCGGGCAAGCCAGCGAAGGGGGUUGCUGAUCCGUACCAGAAGGGACAGCCACAGAAGCAGCAACAGCAACAGCAGCAGGAGGCAGCGUCAGGUGGUUCUUCAGGUGGUUUUUCAGGUGCCACUGAUCUGCUGCUCCUAGCUGGUACAGUGAACAGUGGUGUUGGCAAUACCAUGAACAGUAACAUGAACAGUGGCAUAAGCACCGUACCAGUAGGGGUGGUAACCCCAUCCCAAGCGUAUGCUGGCUACAGUGGCGCUGUCACUGAGUCGUGCUUUCGGCCAGCUGUCGCGACGCCAUUGGCCGUGAAAUCUGGCGCGGCGGGCGCUGCUGCAAGGCGGUGGCGGAAGGAGGUGGUUUUGGGGCGGAUGAGGCGGAAGCGGGGGAGAGACGAGGGGGAAGGGGGGAAGGACGGAGGGGGAAAGGGAGGAGCAGCGGAGGAGGAAGACGAGGCAGGGUGGGCAGAGGGGGAUUGGGCAAGGAGGGUGAGAGUGUCGUGUUGGCAGCAGUGGGGGGCGGCUAUGAAGGGCGGGGCAGGAAGCAGCAAGGCAGGGAGUGGCAGGAGAGGCAGAAAGGGCAAGAUGAAGCAGCCACAGCAGUUGAAGAAGCAAGGUUUAGUGGAAGUAGGGAGGCAACAGAAAGCAGCUGGCAGUGCUGCUGUGGGAGUGGUGGCAAAGCGAGCCAAGAAGGAGGCGGCCGCUGCCUGA